AUGGCAUCACCACCACCAAGCGAACCCCCAGCGGUUAAGAAACGCGGUCGCCCGAAGAAAGUCGUAGCCGAGGAUGCGGGGGCAAUACCAGCGGUCGAAGCGAGCAAGGCGGCUGUAAAGAAGGUGGCCGCGAAGCCUGCUGGAAAGGCGAAACCGGUGGAAGUCAAGAAAGAGAAGAAGGCGGUUGCGAAAAGUGCAAAGACGGUUGCUCCUGCUGCUACUCUUGCCGCGAAGAAAGAUGCGCCCCAAUCGACAGUUGCCCCCGAACAACCCACACCCGUUGCACCGUCUACAAGCAAGAUAUUAGAGGAGGUACAAGCGAAAGGGACGUUGAAGAAGGCACAGGCUGCGAAGGUCAUGGAGAAAGUAGUGUCGAGUACAGACAAGAAGACUGCGCCGCCACAACCUCAGGCCCAAGAACCGACAACAAAGUCAGCGUCUUCGCCGUCAAGACCAACACCAGCAGCAGCAUCCACGACGCCUCCUCCUCCAAAACCGACUACGACUCCCACCACUCCACGCCCAACAACAAUCCCCCUCCCCUCACACCCCACAAAAGCGCCAUCGCCCGUCUCCCCACCUCCAAACCCAUACCCACGCCUCUCAAAACCCACACCAUCCACGCGUCACAUACCACCGAACCCCUAUCCAACAAGCAUCCGUCCCUCAAACCAACCACCACCUCCAUCCCCACCACACCGACAACACCCCACGCGCCUCAUCGAGCCCACACCCGACAUCAGGCUACCACCCAAAUACAAACCCGCGUCGCGCCGGGUCACAGCGAUAAUGGUGAGCUUGCCGAUUGUGUUGGUGUUUGGGUAUGAGUUGUUCGAGCGGUGGAGGGGGAAGGAAGUCAAGCAGGUUUUCAGGGAGCCAGAGAAGGAACUGAGUGAAUGA